AUGGAUUCAGCCGGAAGCUAUAUCGACCGAGAACGUAUCGUCAACGAUGACUUUCUUAUACCGAAUGAAUAUUUCUGUCCAAUUUGCCAGUAUCUUCUAUGGAAGCCAUCUAGCUGCUCUUUUUGUCAAAAUCUGUUUUGCCACAAGUGUAUUCAGAAGUGGCUUGAAGUAAAUCCAACUACGUGCCCAUUUCGAUGCACUUCAUUCGAAAUCAAGCGAGCUCCUCCACAUAUUCAAUCCAUCUUCAGUCGUUUACGUGUUCGCUGUUGUAAUGCAUCAUUCGGUUGCACAGAAAUUUUACCGUACGAUUUAUUGGAACAGCAUGAACAGGUCGCGUGCAUAUUUCGAACUAAACGAUGUCCUAUAUGUGAAGAACUCGUGCUCGUAGAUCAGAUCGAUGAGCAUCAAUCAUCGUGCAAACCUAGAUUUGUAAAAUGUAUUUGGUGUCAAUGUGUUGUAGAACAGACAUUGCUACAAAGUCACUAUCAAGUAUGCUGGCAGGAGAAGCUUAAGCAAAUAUUAUCACCACCUCCAACGACAGAAAAUGAAGCCAACAAUAUUUCUGCCACUGAACAGACAUCGGCCGCUGGAAAUCGAUUUCUUUCAGUGUUCGACCAAGCCGUGGAUGACAUUGCAAAACCGCCAACAAUUUGUCUUCCUGGAAUCCAACGUCUUUUCGAAUCUCGUCAACAUAGUUUGCUCUACCGUCUAUUUUCGAUGUUCCUUUUACUACUACGAAAUCCCAAAAAAGUGCCGCAGAUCUUAUUUAUGCUGUGUUGGCUUGGCUUUUUUUCGAUUGUUCCAUUUUUAAUUAUUGUCACUUCAACAAGAGUUAUAGAGAGAAUGAAAACAUCCGUUUACUUAGCCUGUGCUCAAACCCUUUUGUUCAGUGGCCUACUGACUUUUGGUCUACCUGUCUUAUUUCAAACGUUCCAUGAUACAACAAUCAUUAUUUUUGUUAGCCUCGUUUGCAUUUUUUACCAAUCAGCAUAUCCGUUUUUCAUACUUGACGAUCUUGAAAGGUCUGAAACGCCUACUGUUCUAUCACUAUAUUAUAUUGGUUUUUUUGUUCUGAUGAAACUCUUGUUGUUACUUAUUCGACUCUAUAUCUAUUGUAUACCUCCGUAUUUAACUGCAACUUGUCUUGCUUGGACUACGUUUUUUCUGGCUUUUUCUUUACGACGCAGUUUAAACCCUGUUCCACCAGUCGUACCAGUGACAAACGAUGAGAAUGAUCAUUUUUUAGAUUGUGAAUAA